AUGAAGCAGACGGGGAUGAAUGGCGCCACACCAUCCCUUCCCGAAGAAAUCAUAACCAAGAUUCUGAAGCGGCUUCCGGUGAAAUCCCUAAUGCGGUUUCAGUGCGUCUGCAAACGUUGGAAAAUUCUCUUCAAGACCCCAUUGUUCAUCCAAGAACAUCUCUGCCACUCCACUUUUCAAAACCCUUGUCUUGUCAUGGGACAGUCUAAUCCCAGUUAUCCUUUCUACUUAUAUUUGCUCGAUUGCAAGAUGCAGUUUCAUGAGUUUGAGAGCGCACCUUUGGCCGGUUCCUUGUUGGGCUUUUUCCUCGUCGGUUCCUGCAAUGGCUUGCUAUGCUUCGCUGAUUUGAAAAAACAUCCUCCUGCCCCUUUAUUGUGGAAUCCGGCGACUAGAAAGGUGAGACAAGUGCCCAUAAUGACUUUGGAUGAUUUUUCGGAUUUGGACUGGUUUUUGGGGUUCGGGUUCAGUCCUAUUAUUAAUGAUUAUAAGAUAGUAAGAUUGACCCAGGUUGACGCUGUUUGUGGAGUGGAAGCGUAUUCAUUAGGCAUUGGGUCUUGGAGAAACAUACAAUUUGACAACAUAAAAGAUGUUUACAUCGAACGUUCUGGUGUCACUGCUAAUGGAGUUAUGUUUUGGUAUGGGUCAAAGGCAGAUCUUGGUUAUGUGAUAGUUUCAUUUGAUUUAGCAACCGAAGUGUUCACAGUGAUGCCAUGGCCUGCUUUUGUUAGGGAAUCAUGUUUGUUUACUGUGUAUGAGAACAAGCUGGCUAUAUUUUCUCAUUCUAGAGCCAGUAAUUCUCGAGAUUCUUGUCUUUCGUUGACUGUGAUGGAGGAGGGGGGCAUGGGCUCAUCUGGGGGGAGAUGGAGUUCAAGUAAGAAAUAUACUUGCAACUCUUAUGUCCCAUUUUGUCUAUUGUGCCAGCCUUAUGUCGAGGUAUAUACUGGAACCAUUUGGAGGAAUCAGAUUGUGUGGAGUAAUUUUAGAAUGGCUGCAUUUAUGGAACGUGAAAUGGGAAAUGUAGAACCCCUAUAUCUGAUCAAUGUCACUACUGGUGAACUUAAGAUUAUUGAAUUCCCUCGACGCAAACCUGGCUAUGGUUUCACUGUUUCCAAUUACGUGGAAAGUCUUGUACCACUUGGCAACGUUCAAAUUGAAGAGCCUUAAUCUUCAAGGUUAAUUAUUACCAUGCAGCUGUACGUUGUUUAAGUAUUUUUGAGAGCAAUGUAUUCCUAUCAGUUUAGACUUAAGAUCAUUGUAUAUAGGGUUUGAUGCCUUCUGGAGAUGUUAUGCAGAAUGAUAAAUGGAGAUAUUUUCUGUUUGAUUUUACCCAUUUAUAAUCUCAUGCUAUCCUUUUUGUUUUUCAAA